GGUCAUGUGCUUUCAGCAGCCAUAUAUAAAUGUUGACAUUUGUAGUUUGAAGGAAUUUGCAUAUAGGCCUAUAUAAUCAAAUAUUUAUAUGUGUUGCAUAACUCGUUUAUUUUAUUUUUAUUAUUUUUAAUGCCUUUGAUUAAAACAAAAAUACAGGAAACCUUUUGGUCGUCCAUACAUUACACUGUAUAAUAAUAUAAUGAUUAUCCUUAAGCUCCCCUCUCAUUUUGGGCACUGUAUAUGUUCGCUAUAACCAGGCUCACCUGAUGGAUGAUAGACAGACUCAGCGUCAGCACACACCUGAUUAAAACAAAACAUGACUUCUGUUUAAUCAUACAUUUUAUGAUUUUAAUAGGUUUUAUUUAAGCAAAAGGCAUGUUAAUUUCCAUGUUGCAAGGUUUGUUGAAAAAUAUAGCUUUUUUUGGACUAGAAACUUCUUAGUUCUGUUUCAGUGAAAGAUAUUUGGCCUGUAUAUGAGCUCCUGCAGUUAGUGCAUCACACCAUUUGAACAAAAAGAUAAUUCCUAAGUGGCUUUUGUGAACGGAGGCGUCUAAACAUCCACAGAACACAACUGCUACACUGAAACAAUCCACCCAAUAGUAACUUGAAGGAACAGGCACUUUUCCAUCCCAUUAUUUUUUGCAAAGAGGGGUUAAGAAUCAGUCACAUUGAGCUAAAGAUAUAAGUGGUUAAGAUAUUCACAGACGAAUUGUGAUUUAUAAGUGCCUCAAAAUAAUAUAUACUGAAAAUACACAACUUUCAGUUGUGUUCAUCUCGCUGACUGCAAAAAAAAAAGAAAAAAAAAAAAGCAAAUCUAUCACAAUUCUCAAAAUGAAACAGUAUUUGGUUCAUUCCAAAGAAUUAAUGAAUCAGUCUGAACCGAACACAGUGGCUAAAUAUAGAAAUGCAUACUAGCACACUGCUCUUACUGUAGAUACUCACUGUAGGCAUAACAGAUGUAGAAGAACAGCAGCCUACUCCAGAAGAUAACUGUUACGGUUUUAUUUGGAAAGCAACAUUAAAAUGCUAAUUCAUUAGUUUAAUGAAAGUUGAAUCACUUUAGUUCCUCAUUUGAUAUUUAUAAUAAUUCUUGUAAUGAGCAUCAACUGGAGGCAAGUUGAAUGAGAACCCAUGUACAGUUUAGAAAAAUCCAAAAGUGAGUAGAAACACAAUGAACAAGACUUGGCAAAAACAUGAACAAGCUCACCAAAUUACACAGACAAAGCAAGACAAGAGACAAUGGCAUUGGCAACAUGAGGGCUAUAUAUUAUCAAACAAAAUGAGUCACAUGACACAAUCCAAGCAAUGAGAAACAAGACACACAGCUUAUUAUCUGUAACCUUUUUCUUUUUAAGGUUGCAGGAUCAGAAAAACUAUGAUGGCUAAUGGCUGAUAUCAAAAGAGAUACCUGAGAUGAGGAAAUGUCAGUCAAAUGUCUUCAAGUGUGACUGUCAGGCUACUAAAGCGAGUUUGUGUUGAAACCACAAACAUAUUACUAGUCAUGGAUGGUUAUCACAGCAUGUUCGCUACUCAAGCUUAACCUCAUAACACGGGACUCUUACACCAUGACCAACGAUCUUCCAGCAGAAGAUAACAUCAGUUUAACCUUUUUUCCUGAGAACUGUCCCAACUGCACUGCGAUACCUGCAUUUGACAUCACUAAGACGCUGGCUCUGGGCCUGGUCCUGGUGCUCUUUAUAAUAUUCGGUGUGAUGGGCAACAUCCUGGUCAUCCUCUCCGUGGUGUGCCAUCGCCAUCUCCGUUCCGUGCCACAUUAUUUUAUCGCCAAUCUAGCCAUUGCAGACCUGCUUCUGAGCUCCAUGGUGCUCCCGUUUUCCGCUGCAUCUGAAGCCUUGGGGCGUUGGGUGUUCGGCCGUCAUUUAUGUAACGCCUGGACUGCGCUUGACGUGCUGUGCUGCACGGCAUCCAUCCUCAGUCUCUGCGUGAUCUCUGUGGAUCGCUACAUGGCCGUCAGUUACCCGCUGCAGUACCCUUCCUUGGCUACAGGUCAAAGGGCACUGGUGGCAGUGGUGGCUGUAUGGGCUCUUUCGGCUGCCAUCUCCGUCGGCCCGCUGUUCGGUUGGAGGGAGCCCAUGCCGGAGGACGAGUCGGUCUGCAGAGUGAAUGAAGAUCUGGGAUAUGCCAUCUUCUCUGCUGCAUGCUCCUUCUACGUGCCGUUGGCAGUGAUUUUGGCAAUGUACUGCAGAGUGUAUGUGGUAGCCCAGCAAAAGACUCGUUCCAUGAGGAAGGGCUGGCAAACGAAUGAGUUAGGUGAGCAGGGAGUGACCCUGCGGAUCCACUGUCGCAACGCCCAGCAUGCCGCUGGGACAGAGGAAGCAGUGCGCCCGAAGAACUCGUGCUUCGCCUUCAUGCGUCUGCUCAAGUUCUCCCAGGAGAAGAAGGCGGCCAAGACUCUGGGGAUUGUGGUGGGAUGUUUUGUGCUCUGCUGGCUGCCUUUUUUCCUAGUGCUGCCCAUAAGCUCCAUCUUUCCAUCCCAUAGACCCCCGGACACUGUCUUCAAAAUUACUUUCUGGCUUGGCUACUUAAAUAGCUGCCUCAACCCCAUCAUCUACCCGUGCUUCAGUCAGGAGUUCAAGAAGGCCUUCCUGAACGUUCUCCGUGGCCAAUGCCUCAGAAGAACACACAGGAUCUGGAGCCCUCCGGCAUCUGCUCGAGACCCUAUGCAUGGCCUCAAAUCUCCACAGGGUUUCCCAUCUACAUCUACUGACUCCGGGAGGCCUGCUAAUGCAUCGCUGACCACGGAUAAGAACUCAUUUACUCCACAUAGCAACAGUGCUCUGAAUGCACCUGAAACAUCUCUGAUAAUGAAAGUUCAUAAGGUUUCAACAUGCACGAUGGACGGUGAGGCUGUAUGAACUGUUUUUAAAAGAAUAAAAGAUAACCUUUCAAAGUUGUUUGCAAAGACAAGGUUCUGAGCCUUGAACACGAAUGACCAGAGAUCUGGCUAAUUCUUAUUUAUAAGAGCGCCACCUUGUGACAACAUCUUUAACAUGCAUCUGCACUUUCGUGAAGUUUAACUGAGGAUUCAUCCUUUGGAUUGUAAAAAAUAAAAAAAAAGCUUGGUAAUGAAAUGAUUGUGGACAUAAUUUAUUUUAUUUUUUUUAACUUGUGCAAACACAAAGACACUUUAAGAAAAGUCCAAUAUACUGUGGUAAUAUAGAGGUUGAAGUAUGACGAUUUUGUUUGACAUGUUUUCCCAUAUUUUGAAUUAUGCACUGCAUUGUAUUGUAUUCUGUUUUAGAGUUGAAGGAAAAGUCUGUAAACU